GUAAUAAUCCCAAUCCAAACCUGAUCCAUCCACCCAUAGUCCAACUGAAGCUCUCUCGUUCCCAGCCAUAUAACCAAUACUGCUAAUAAUUUGUUUGUUUCUUUUAAUCGAGCUUCUUCUUCUUCUAAGCUUAGGUUGGGUUGUGUUGGGUGUCCUCCUCCAAUCCGUCAGUGAAUUGAAUUAGUUAAUUAAUGGCGUCGUCAUCGUCGUGCCUGUUCUCCCCCCCGACCUUCCUGCGGGGAUUGAGGCCUCUGGAGAAGGCGGCGGGGCCUGUGAGUGUGGGCGUUAGGAGGUGGAAGAAGCUGGGGGCGGGGGCGGGGGCGGUGAAGGCGGAGCUGAACCCAUCGGUGGUGAUAAGCCUGAGCACGGGGGUGUCGCUGGUGCUGGGGCGGUUCGUGUUCUUCAACUUCCAGAGGGAGAACGUGGCGAAGCAGGUCCCGGAGCAGAACGGGGUGUCCCACUUCGAGGCCGGGGAUAAGAGGGCCAAGGAGUACGUCAGCCUCCUCAAAUCCAACGACCCCGUCGGAUUCAACAUCGUCGACGUCCUCGCCUGGGGCUCCAUCGGCCACAUCGUCGCCUACUACAUCCUCGCCACCACCGGCAACGCCUACAACCCCAGCUUCUUCUGAUCCCUCCCCUUCAAUUUCAUAUUAUUAUUACUGUAUUAUCGUCAUCGUCGUCUCCCCUCCCCUCCCCUCCCACUGCUGUGAAUUGUGAUGUAAUGUAAUAUAUAUAUAUUGCUGUUGUUUUUGUUAAUUUCUAAUUCGAGCUCGCUCCA